AAGAGAGAGUGAAUACCCCUUAUGUUUAGACUAUUGUACUUAACUGGACAAUAUGAGGUAUAUAUCAUAUGACGUCAAACAUAAUUGAAAGCACGCUUAUAAUUGUAAUUGUGACAACAAGCGCACCAGAUGAGAUCUCAUAUCAGCUCAGAACUGUCAAUUUAAGGCUCAUUUUGUGAAUGAAAUUGUAAAGCUCCCGUGGUAACAUUUGAUUUUAUUAACAACGUAUUCUAAUAUCAAUUUGGAUUUGUUUGUAUAUUUCUUAAAAAUGUCAGUCACAGAAGAUGUUGAACAAAUUUAUAAGAGAGGUGUUAAACUAUUGUAUUCCAGUCAUCCAAAUUCGGCAACAGAAUUACGAGAGAUGAUUGAUGAACUAAUUCGACAGCAGUAUGGAACAGAAAAAAUGAUUUGUAACACUUUAACCAAGAAGCAAUUAGAUGAUGAGAUCAAUUUUCCAGGACGUGCAGUUACGCCACCUCCACAAUUACAAUUACCAACAGAGCCUACCGAAGAAACUGAAGUUAUUAAUUUAAUUAAUUCGCCAACAAAAACUAUUUCAGAUUCACCGGAUACAAUUAUUGAUUCUGAAGAUGGUGGUGGCCUAGUUGGUAGUGCACUCUUAACAAGCACUGAAGAUGAUGGUAAUUUAAAAGAGUUUGGUGAUUUAAACUGUUGCGUUUGUGGCGAAAUGAUGUUUACCGCCACAAAUCGCUUAUGCGAAUGUUCAAUGUGUGGUGCGCUCUACCAUCAAGAAUGCCAUAAGCCGCCAAUCAGUGAUGAAGAGGCAUCAGAAGAAUCAAUAUGGCAAUGCAAUAAUUGCAGUAAGCCAACAACAUCAAAAGCAGCAGGUUUUGUAGUUAUACCCGAAGAUCCAAUACCAUUGGUUGCAAAAAUUAAAUCUACGUCAUCUCGAUCCUCUUCAUCGUCUAAUUCGUCGUCGCCCUUUUAUAAACAAGAACAAACCUCUUCAUCAACAAGCAGUAAACAUCAUCAUAAGAGUUCGUCAUCUACAAAUGGCUCGAAGAGUGUUAUUACGCCAACUUUAAAUGUAAUAAGUGCAGACGAAAAGCGUUCCUCAUCUUCUAAAAAGUCUUCACAUUCUUCCUCAAGCAAAUCAAAAUCUAAACAUCACGAGAGCAGCAAGCGUAAAUCUAGUAAAUAAUGUAAUUGAAACAACCUUACAGCAAAUAUUUGCGGUGUACAUAUGUGUAGCAAUGUAAGAAUGAAGACAAUUGUUAGUUUGCCUAAUGCCACCGAUAUUUUUCACUGAGCCUCGUAUUAUAAAUACUUCAUUUAGAAUACUUAUAAUUUUUGUACAAAUGCAUAAAUAAAAAAAGCUUUAGACUUA